CAUCCCAAUCGUUGUGCACGCCGCCGCCACCCAUCCCUGCUAUCGCAAGAACGGCAGCUCUUUUCUCACCGCUAGGUACGGUAGUGCUAAAUAAAUGACAGUGAGGUAAUCAAGCAAGAAGCAUAUGUAUUGUGAGGUAUUUUUAGCUAUUGACAAUUUCUCAUUAAAAUAUUUUAGCGAACGAAGAUAUAUGGUACCCAGAAUAAGCAUUUGUCCCACCAACGGCGUCCAAGCCCUAGCCUAACGAUACUUGCUUCAGCCCAGGGCUUUCCUCCGAAUCCCCUUCUCGUCCAGGCAGUUGUUGCAAAAAUCCCGCCUCCCUGAUUGCGGUUGUUGCAAAAAUCCCGCUACGCUAGUCGCUAGGCUUUCCUCAGCAGCACUUCCGCGCUUCGACUCCUGGCAGAUUGGAUUGGGUCGCUGCUUCCACCAGCAAUCCAAUUCCGGAGAUGACUACCACUCAGUUCGCCAUGGUUGAGGAGCUGGCCUCGCUCAUCAAGGACAACCUGCACAGCAAGCACCUGAUCCUCUCCACCGAGGAAGCCCUCAUCGCAGCCCUCCAGCAGCUGCACUGCCGCGACGGCGACCGUGAAGAGGACGACGAUGCGGCGGAUACGAUAGAGCUUCAGCCUGCUGGGGCCUACCACCGCCUUCUCUUGCAUCGCCUUGCUGAAAUCUAUGGGUUCGCUCAUGAAUCGGUUGGUGAAGGCGAGGAUCGACAUUUAGUCCUCCAGUGCUGCCCUGAAACAGCCAUCCCAUCUGUCCUUGUUAGUGAUAUGAUAUGGAAGUUUGAUAACAGUGACGAUUUGGCGUCCGUUGUGCUAACCAGAAAUGAUAUAGACUUGAAACCUCUGAAGCAGCCAGCAGUACUUCCAGCGGCGUCAUUGAAGGAGAGGGAAGCUGCUUAUCGAGCUGCUCGUGAACGAAUCUUCUCUGGGGAUGGUGCCAAGGGAAAUGAUAGAUCAUAUGUGAAAUGUAGACAGGUUCCUGUCGUUGCAAAACGGAUGAUUGCCCAUGCACUCGGUCAAAAGGUUCAAAAUACCACAGAGACAGCCGCCUCCAAAGAAAGCAAAGGGAAACAACUGUCGAAUGGGAAAACUAUUCCGACACAUAGCAGGAACAACUUCUGCCCAGUUACACCAGAUAACAUAGAAGCAGUUCUAAUGGGGAUGCCAAGCUCAGCUGGUAGUAACUCGUAUCAAACUCCACCAAGCCAAAGGUGCCACGCAACUAAUACUAGAGCUGUUACUGCUGAAAGCUUGAAGAAAGAGCAGACUGGAGCAGCUAAGAGAAUGUUUGCGCAUGCACUGGGGCUGUCUGCAGCUCGAGGAAGUUGUGGUACGCUGCCCAAACCGAAGUAAAGAUCUGGAGUCGAGAACGCGGAUAAGUGAAGAAGGUUGGCUGUUGCCGAUGCAAGGUCCGACUGAGCUUCAUGUCCUAUCAUAUGUGAGCCAUGGGAAUGGAAUGAGCCUGCAAUGGUUGGUGCCAUCUACUGAUCUACCUCUGCGAAACACGUUUUUUGUGAUGUGCUAGUAGAUGAAAGGGUUUGUUGGUUGGAUGUUAAUUGUUGGGACCCAGAGAGGAUCUGGUAGCCCUGGUUCGAAACGCAACCUCAGUCGGUGAGAGAGCUUGCUGGAAUGCUGGAUACGCAUGGACAUGGCAUGCCAAGCCAAGUGGAUGUUCUUCACCAGAGUGGAAGCAAAAUGAUCCUUCACAUGCUCUAGGUUGCUGCAAUGCUGCAUAUGUUUACUCUAGCAUGUUGUUAGGCUGUCUCCAGCAAAACUUGUAUACAGGCGUUUAAAACACUUUUUAUACUGUAGACAUGAGGCUUUCCAUGCUUACGUAAGCAUGAGGCUUUUAAUAAGUGUUAAUUAGAGCUCCAGCCUCACGAAUUUUGUAGCUGUCUGUCUCUAGCUAUAGAAACUUAAGCUGCGGGUAGGUUGAAGGCAUUUAAUUGAUCCUUUCUUUUUCUUAUUUUGGAUUGGAUUAAUUUUAAGGUUUAGUCCAUUUCAAUUAUCAUGUGAACCUGAUGUACUAACUAAAACAGGCUCCUGUUUAUCUGUUCAUAGACAA